AUGGAAGAGCACGCCGGCGACAACUGUACGGCUCGGAAUAAGGAACUGUACAAGUUUUAUUCUUCGGUGAUGAUUAUCGAGUUCAUCCUGGCUCUUCCUCUCAAUCUCUCGGUGAUCUACCUCUUCAUAUUUAAGCUGAAGUUCUGGAAAUCAAAAAGCAACAAUAUUUUCCUGUUCAACAUGGUCCUGGCAGACAUACUGCUGCUGGUCUGCCUCCCUCUGCGGGCGUUCAAAUUCCUGCAGGGCGAGAGACGCAACGAGAACACGGCGUGCAGAGCCGUCGUGUUCAUGCUCUUCCUGAACCGAGGCGCCAGCAUCGCCUUCCUGACCGUCAUCUCCAUCGAUCGCUACUACAGCGUGGUUCAUUCGGGCCUGAAGAACGCGCUCAAGAUCCGCAAACGCUCGGUCCUCAUUUCCGUCCUGAUCUGGGCGUGUCUGCUCCCCCUGACUAUCCCGACCAUGCUGAAGAGCCUGGACUGCUGCAGCAACGACGACGACGGGGCGCCGGAGGAAAACUACGACACCGUUAUCGUCUUCAGGGAGCUGGUGUUCUUCUCUCAGGUUCUGGUUCCGUUCGCCGUCCUGGUCUACUGCACCGUACGCAUCAUCAGGAGACUGAACAUGAAGUCGGUAGGAGACAGGACCAAGCUGCGCCGGGCGGUGUUCCUGGUCACCGUGGUCAUUUUGGUGUUUUCUGUCUGUUUCUUACCCUCCGCCAUAUCCAGGCUGGUGCUGCUCAUUACGAAGGCCAAGCAGCUGCCCAGGGCAGAGGAGAUCACCGUGCAAGUGUACGACGGCCUGAUGUGUCUCUCGUACCUGGAUUGUUUGCUGGACCCGUUCGUGUACUGUCUGAGCAGCACCAAGUUUAAAAACUUGUAUUUAUGGACUUUCUUCCCGUUGCUGAUGAAGGGACGACACGUGGAACACCACUGA